GAGCCCAGGCCCUGCACACAGGCCAGGACCAUGCACGGCCACCGAGCCCCUGGGGGAGCUGGGCCCUCGGAGCCGGAAUCCCCGGUCGCAACCCCCCCUGGCGCCUCUCUACCGGCCUGCGCCAACUCGGACCCUGGAGCCUCAGAGCCUGGACUGCCAGUGCGCAGGGGCUCAGGCUCGGCUCUUGGCGGCUCCCUGGAGCCCCAGUUUUCCGGACCCUCGGACGUCAGCCUGGGCGCUGCUCCAGGCCCCCGGAUAUUGCCCUGCGGCCCCAAUCCACAGCACCACCGGGCCCUGCGCUUCUCCUACCACCUGGAAGGCUCGCAGACUCGGCCUGGGCUGUACCAGGGAAACCGGAUCCUGGUUAAAAGUUUAUCCCUUGACCCUGGCCAGAGCCUUGAGCCUCAUCCAGAAGGUCCCCAGCGGCUUCGCUCAGACCCAGGUCCCCCCACUGAAACCCCCAGCCAGCGUUCUUCACCACUGAAGCGGGUACUGGGCCCAAAGCCACAGGUUCCCCCAAAGCCCAGCUACCUACAAAUGCUCCGGGUGUCCCCCUUAUCUGAGCCUAUCCCCCCCCCACCAUCACGUCCACUGCCUGCAGACCCCCGAGUGGCCAAGGGCCUGGCCCCCAGGGUGGAGGCCAACCUGAGUUCUGCAGCUGUAUCCUCACUGAUUGAGAAAUUUGAAAGAGAGCCUGUGAUCGUUACCUCGGAUAGGCCAGCCCCUGGCCCCAGCCCAGGGACUCGAGAGCCAGCCAUGUUGCCACAGCUACCCCCACAGCCACCAGUCCCUCAGCUCCCUGAGGGUGAGGCCUCCCGUUGCCUGUUCCUGCUGGCUCCUGGGCCCAGGGAUGGUGAGAAGGUACCCAACCGGGACAGCGGCAUUGACAGUAUCAGCUCGCCAUCCAACAGUGAGGAGACCUGCUUCGUCAGUGAUGACGGGCCUCCCAGCCACAGUCUCUGCCCUGGGCCCCCUGCCCUGGCCAGUGUGCCGGUUUCCUUGGCCAACCCCCACCGGCCCAACUCCCAGGAGGUUGACAGUGACCUGGAAGAGGAGGACGACGACGAGGAGGAGAAGGACCAAGAAAUUCCAGUACCCCCGAUGGAGAGACAGGCAUCUGUGGAGUUGACUGUGCAGCAGAAGGUGUUUCACAUUGCCAAUGAGCUCCUGCAAACUGAGAAGGCUUAUGUUUCCAGGCUCCAUCUCCUGGAUCAGGUGUUCUGUGCUCGGCUGCUGGAAGAAGCUCGGAACCGCAGUUCCUUCCCUGCUGAUGUUGUCCAUGGCAUCUUCUCUAACAUCUGUUCCAUCUAUUGCUUCCACCAGCAGUUCCUGCUGCCUGAGCUAGAGAAGCGCAUGGAGGAAUGGGACCGCUACCCACGCAUUGGGGACAUCCUACAAAAGCUGGCGCCCUUCCUCAAGAUGUAUGGAGAGUAUGUGAAGAACUUUGACCGGGCUGUGGAGCUUGUCAACACCUGGACAGAGCGCUCCACUCAGUUUAAAGUCAUCAUCCAUGAAGUACAGAAGGAGGAAGCCUGUGGCAACCUGACAUUGCAGCACCAUAUGCUGGAGCCUGUGCAGCGCAUUCCUCGCUAUGAGCUACUUCUCAAAGACUAUCUGCUAAAGCUUCCCCAUGGCUCCCCAGACAGCAAGGAUGCCCAAAAGUCUCUGGAAUUGAUAGCCACAGCAGCAGAGCACUCUAAUGCUGCCAUCCGCAAAAUGGAGCGAAUGCACAAGCUGCUAAAGGUAUACGAGCUGCUAGGGGGUGAGGAGGACAUUGUUAGCCCCACCAAAGAGCUCAUAAAAGAAGGCCACAUCCUUAAGCUGUCAGCAAAGAAUGGGACCACUCAAGAUCGAUACCUCAUACUAUUCAACGACCGCCUACUUUACUGUGUGCCCAGGCUGCGGCUCCUUGGCCAGAAGUUUAGUGUGCGGGCACGCAUUGAUGUAGAUGGCAUGGAGCUAAAGGAGAGCUCCAACCUCAAUCUGCCUCGAACCUUCCUGGUGUCAGGAAAGCAGCGCUCCCUGGAGCUCCAGGCCAGGACUGAGGAGGAGAAGAAAGACUGGGUCCAGGCCAUCAACUCCACCCUGCUGAAGCAUGAACAGACGCUGGAGACCUUCAAACUAUUGAACUCAACCAACAGGGAAGAUGAAGAUACCCCCCCCCAUUCUCCAAACGUGGAUCUUGGGAAGCGGGCACCUACACCUAUCCGGGAGAAGGAAGUAACCAUGUGCAUGCGCUGUCAGGAGCCCUUCAAUUCCAUCACCAAACGCAGGCACCACUGCAAGGCUUGCGGGCAUGUGGUUUGUGGGAAGUGCUCUGAGUUCCGGGCCCGCCUCAUCUAUGACAAUAACCGCUCCAACCGUGUAUGCACUGACUGCUAUGUGGCCUUGCACGGGGUGCCUGGGAGCAGUCCAGCCUGCAGUCAGCAUACACCCCAGCGCCGGAGAUCCAUCCUGGAGAAACAGGCCUCAGUGGCUGCGGAGAACAGCGUCAUCUGCAGUUUCCUUCACUAUAUGGAGAAGGGUGGGAAAGGAUGGCACAAGGCAUGGUUUGUGGUCCCUGAGAAUGAACCCUUGGUGCUAUACAUCUACGGAGCCCCUCAGGAUGUGAAAGCCCAGCGUAGCCUGCCCCUCAUUGGCUUUGAGGUGGGCCCUCCUGAGGCAGGAGAGCGGCCUGACAGAAGGCAUGUCUUCAAGAUCACCCAGAGCCAUCUCAGCUGGUACUUCAGCCCUGAGACAGAGGAACUACAGCGACGCUGGAUGGCUGUGCUUGGUCGGGCAGGCCGUGGGGACACGUUCUGCCCAGGGCCCACACUGUCUGAGGACAGGGAGAUGGAAGAGGCACCAGUGGCAGCUUCAGGAGCCACUGCUGAACCCGCUGAAACACCCCAGACCCAAGACAAGAUCUAGAGCGUUUGGGGGGGAACUGGGAGCCCUCAUCCCACACCCUUGUCCAACUGGGGGCUCCAGCCCCUUCCCUCCCAGCUCAGUCAAUACUUGAACUCCCAUCACGGGCACUUUCAAUCCUGAAUGCUGGGUCUUGGGUUUUUAAUUCAUCUUUUCACAAAAUGUGGGCUUUAAAAAAAAUAUUCCUACAGUGA